CUGACAAUAGCGAAAGAGCUUCGAGCGUUUUUCGGCAAAGCAUCGUCAAGAAGACGGGGCUUGGCUGUGCCUUCUUGUCCGUAGAAGACAACCGCCACGAGCGUCUCGAAAGCAGACCUGCGCGAGAAAGGAAUCGAAUUGCGCGUUGUCGCCCCUUUCAGACUUCGCGGGCAGUUGAGGUUCGAGACAUUCUGGAGCUCCGGAGGCAAUUCUGGGAAAGCUCACAACGAUCAUUGUGCCCCCGAUCAGGCAGUGGGCUUCGUGUGAAUGUUGUGGCGAGUGUGAACCCUACUCUUGAAGGCCACGCCCAGAGCGUUGAGGUUUCAGGACAGUCAGAGUAUCACGGGGAUGGUCUGUGUGUGAAUUGUGGGGAUGUAAAUUCGUGCAAGACGAAAUGCAGAACGAUAUCGUUCCAGUGAAGGAUGUGGGACUGAAGGAGACGGAUGGAGGUCGACAGCGAUUUGAAUUGGAGCUUGAAUUCGUGCAGUGCCUUGCUAACCCCACUUACAUCCACUACUUAGCUCAAAAUCGGUACUUCGAUGACGAAGCGUUUGUGGGCUACUUGAAGUACUUACAGUACUGGCAACGUCCGGAGUACGCCAAAUUUAUCGUAUAUCCACACACACUGUUCUUUCUUGAAUUACUUCAGAGUGCACAGUUCCGCACUGCAAUGGCGCACCCAGUCAACAAGGAGGUAGCACAUCGACAACAAUUCUACUUCUGGAAGCAUCAUAGGAACAAUCGCUUGAAACACAUAUUACCACGACCUAUUCCCGAAGAACCUGCUCCACCUCCACCAGCUCCUCUCGCACAGCCGGCAGUGCCUCCUUCAGUUCCUGUGAAGGCAGAAGGCACAACAAGGGCAGGAGUGGGUGAACGGAGGAAGCGGAAGUAUACCAAUUAAUUUCUUAUACAUGUAUAUUUUAGUUGUUGUUGAAUAGUGAUAAACACUAGUGAUAAAGUAGUCACAAGGUAUGGUAAAUGAUGAGGGAAAGUCCUCAAAUAGUGAACGAGGUAUCAAUCUUCCGCCUAUUUGACUCUAAGUGGGAGUACAGACAAGGUUAGAGAACCGCUUGUAUAUGAUUCUUCUUUUGAAACGGUGACGUUGCAAACGAUUUUUUUCCCCACGGGCUUUGUGAAUG